UUGAAAAGUAAAAAAAAAAAUAAAAAUGGUCUCGGCAUGCAUCAACCACCUCCUAACCCAGCCCAUGUGGCUUAUUCUUGUGUCUUCACUUGGUUUCCUCUCCUUCCUCCAAACCUCAACCUCUCUUCUCAAGUGGGUGUAUGCAACGUUUCUCAGACCAAAAAAGAAUCUCAAAGACUAUGGCUCGUGGGCUCUAAUCACCGGAGCCACAGACGGCAUAGGCAAAGCCUUUGCUCACCAGCUAGCUCAAAAAGAUCUAAACCUAAUAUUAGUCGGUAGAAACCCCACCAAGCUCGAAACAGUCUCGAGUGAAAUCCAAGCAGAGCAUCCAGGCACCAAGAUUAAGACUGUGGUGUUUGAUUUUUCAAGCAAAGCCUCAGCUGGUGUCCAGUCGAUAAUAGAGAAGGCCACAGAGGGGCUAGACGUUGGUGUGCUGAUAAAUAACUUGGGAAUCACGUACCCUGCAGCCAGUUUUUUCCACGAGGUGGAUGAGAAAGUUUGGAUGGAUAUUGUUCGAGUAAAUCUGGUGGGCACUAGUAGGGUUACUAAAGCAGUUUUGCCAGGGAUGAUCAAGAGGAAAAGAGGUGCCAUUAUUAAUAUUGGCUCUGGAGCUGCUAGUGCCAUGCCUUCACAUCCUCUCUUCACAAUCUAUGCUGCUACUAAAGCUUACAUUGAUCAAUUAUCAAGAUGUUUAUACGUGGAAUACAGACGCUGUGGAAUUCAUGUACAGUGUCAGGUGCCGCUAUAUGUUGCAACAAAAAUGACUUCAAGAGUAGCUUCGAUUCAGAAGUCAUCCUUGUUCAUACCAUCACCAGAAGCUUACGCCAAGGCUGCGAUUGGUCGAGUAGGCUAUGAAGCACGGUGUGCUCCCUACUGGGCUCACUCGAUUCAAUGGUGGCUGGCUUGCUUGCUUCCCGAGCGCGUUCUUGAUUCCUGGCGUCUCUCUGUUGGUAUCCACCGAAGAGGAAAGCUCACAGCACAAGUUCGAGCAAAUUUGUAGCUAGUCUAUCCUUGAUGGGGUUUUGGGGUUUUUAUGCUGUUUUCAAAACUUCUCUUAAUUAUUCAUGUUUCUUUUUCAAUUA